AUGGAUAGUAGUGAUGAUCAAGGAAUUGAAGGCGUAGAAGCAUUUUCACCAGUAACAAAGAAUAAACGAGGAAAAAUUGUUUGUUCACGUGAGCGAGUACGCAUUGUCAAUAUGUACAAGACAAUUAUUAAGAAUAAUCCAAAUAUGUCAAUGAGGGAAAUGAGGGCGAUAAUUUCAAAAACAAUGGGCGUUGGGGAAUCAACAGUACAUAGAACCAUCAUUAAUUACAAGGAAACUAAAACGGUAGUAUCCCCAAAACGCACUAGAGUAAGAAAACAGAUUACUGAAGCGUUCGAUGACUUCGAUCGGAAUGCAGUCCGUAGGCACGUACACAGUAUUUGGUUCCGACGAGAAAUCCCUACGGUUGAUAAAAUUCACAAAGCUGUGUCUGAUGAUAAAGAUUUGCCAACCGUAUCGCGUACUAGUAUAUUUAAAUUAUUGAAGGAAUUAAAAUUCCGUUACGUUAAGAAAGGUCGUAACAGUGCUCUAACAGAAAAAACCGAGUUAAUACUUUGGCGAAGAAGGUACUUGAGAUCAAUACGGAACUAUCGUGAAGAGGGUCGCCAUGUGUAUUAUUUAGACGAAACCUGGGUGAAUGCUAGUGACUGUCCAAAUUAUGAAUGGCGUGAUACAACAAUAACAUCCCACCGUGACGCAUUCCUAAAGAGAAUGUCGACCGGUUCUGUGAAUCCGUCUGGCAAAGGCAAGCGUCUAAUUGUUCUUCAUAUGGAGUCCGAAGAUGGUUUGGUUGACAAUGGAUUAUUGUGUUUUGAAUCCAAGAAGAACUCCCGCGAUUACCACGACGAGAUGAACGGGCAAACAUUUUGCGAGUGGAUGGAAAAUAUUCUACCUCGUCUAAAGGACAACUGCGUUAUUGUUAUGGACAAUGCGUCGUAUCAUUCAGUUAAGUUGGACAAAGCACCGACUGCGUCAACGAAGAAGGCCGAUAUUAUACAGUGGUUGGAGAAUAAAGGGGAAGUGGUGGAUAGGACUAUGAUAAUACGAGAACUUUUAGACAUUGUAAAAAAAAUUAAGCCUCAACAUGAGAAAUUUGUUAUUGAUGAAAUCGCCAAUAGAAGGCAUAGAAAGAGUAGAUGCAGAUAUGUGGAGGAACUUUAUAAGACACACGAUAACGGAAGAAAAUAA